UUCUGCCGAAUGCGGUUAAUGAUUGCAUUUAGAAAACUAGACACUCAUGGUCUUUACUGUUAGAUCCUUAAGAUUUAGACCAAUAAUUUUGACAAAUUGCUCAACCGUUGUGCAACUUUUAUGUUUUCUGAACGCAAACGACGAUACUGAGUGAGUCACUUUUGCUGGCAGCAGUGGAAAUCAUACAGGUUGCCGUUUGUGCACAGUGUCAACGCAACACAGGAUGAGCUUUCAGGACGCAUUGUACACAAUUGCUACUGCGCCACUUAACGCUGUUUAUAAAACGAGUAAAGUGUCUGCCUCGUACGCUUGGCAUACCGCUGCAGCGGCCACAGAAUACCUAGGACUAAAACCAAAAGUCCAAGUAAAAAUGGCUGAGCCAGUGUAUAUAUGGAAAUUAGCUGCUGCCAGUGGACCAUAUGUCAAGUUUGCAGCUUUGAGUGGAGCAAUGGCUGUAGUACUGGGUGCUAUUGGAUCUCACAGGCAUUAUUCCAAAGAUGAGGAAGGACAGGAACAGCGUCGUAUUUUUGAAACGGCAAAUCGUUAUCACUUCAUACAUACUUUGGCUCUAUUAGGAUUACCACUCUGCAGAGUUCCAUCCAUGGCUGCUACAUUCAUGCUCUCUGGAAUUGUUCUGUUUUGUGGCAGCUGUUAUUACACUGCUUUUACCAAUGAUCGACGAUUUAAUAAGACAACACCUAUAGGAGGUUUCUGUCUCAUACUAGGAUGGUGCAGCAUGAUUUUUUAAAUAAUCCCAUAACAUAUGCAUUUUCAUACUAAAAUAAAUAUACAAUGAGCUCAUAUAAAAUAUGAAGCAGU